GAACACCAGUUCACCACAACCGACUCGACUGAAGGUAGAUGCAUUUUAAUCCCUCUGUUGAUAUCACUCUCAGCCAACCAGCUCGGAACUUUUGUGGAAAUCUUAAAGGUUUCAAUGGUGUUGGCUUGAUGGGAUCCAAGCGGGCAACAAAGUGAUGGUCUAAGGACUCCGAGUCACAGAGGUGCUCGCGCGUGGAAUGUUGCGCUGGUCUGUGCACCUUGAAGGAGGGCCGCGGAGAGUCAACCAUGCUGCUGUGGCGGUGGGGCACAAGGUGUACUCCUUUGGAGGCUACUGCUCCGGGGAGGACUACGAGACACUCCGUCAGAUUGACGUGCAUGUCUUCAACACAGUGUCUUUGCGCUGGAUGAAGUUGCCUCCUGUGAGGACGGGAGGACAUGAACGUGUCCGUGAAGUGCCAUAUAUGCGUUAUGGCCACACAGCUGUGCUGCUGGAUGAUGUUAUCUACCUCUGGGGUGGGCGUAACGACACAGAGGGGGCCUGCAAUGUGCUUUAUGCCUUUGAUAUCAACUCCCACAGAUGGUUCACACCCAAGAUUUCAGGGACUGUUCCAGGGGCAAGGGACGGCCACUCGUCCUGCGUCCUGGGGAAGUCGAUGUAUAUAUUUGGAGGAUAUGAGCAGCUGGCGGACUGCUUUUCAAAUGACAUCCACAAGCUGGACACCACCACCAUGGUUUGGUCAUUAAUUAAUGCUAGAGGCACUCCGGCACGAUGGAGGGACUUCCACUCAGCCACCAUCAUCGGGACAAAGAUGUUUGUGUUUGGAGGGCGAGCAGACCGCUUUGGUCCCUUCCACUCCAACAACGAGAUCUACUGCAACAAGAUCAAAGUGUUCGACACAGAGACCAACUGCUGGCUGGGCACCCCUUCAACACAGCCAUUGCCAGAGGGACGCAGGAGUCAUUCAGCCUUUUCCUACAAUGGAGAGUUGUAUAUAUUUGGGGGAUACAAUGCCCGUCUGGACCGGCACUUCAACGACCUCUGGAAAUUCAAUCCAGAAGCCUUUUCCUGGGAGAAGGUAGAACCGAAGGGGAAAGGCCCAUGUCCACGGAGACGGCAGUGCUGUUGUAUGGUUGGAGAUCGAAUCAUCCUCUUUGGAGGAACCAGCCCCUGUCCAGAGCAAGGAAUGGGUGAUGAAUUUAACCUCAUGGAUCAUUCAGACCUGUAUAUCUUAGACUUCAGCCCUAAUUUGAAGACGUUAUGCAAAAUAGCUGUUAUUCAGUACAGUCUGGAGCAGUCAGGACUCCCACAUGAUAUCAGAUGGGAACUUGCCGCCAUGACCACCAACAGCAACAUCAGCAGGCCCAUCUUCUCCUCACACGGUUGACACAGCUGAAUGUGAAGCAGAACCAGAACUCCUCGCUCUGUUUCAGGACACUAGGCUUUUAUCUUUCUAAUCAACCGAGCUCCGGCGGACUGGUUUUUGUAGAGUUUGGAUCUGUAUCGGAUUUAUUUUCCACAAUCUUCAAGUGAAAACUCAUCACUGACCAAACUAUAUUGCGUGUGAUUUCCUUGGACACCGUGAGCUUUCUCUUGUGAAAGGAUGUUUUAACCCUUAAGACACUGGUUACAUGAGACAGAAAUUGUUGACACCUUUUUUCUCUUCUUUCUAGUCUCUCUAGAAAUCCAAUCAGCCUAUGAUAAUCAUAGACUUCUAAUCUUAAGCACAGGAAGAGACAAGAACUUCAGCCAAAGGUCUUGAGAGCUAACCUCUUUGUUGAGGAUGUCACCCUGAUGUCACACUCAACAGAUCUCCUCUAAAAGACAAAUGUGAACCUUCUGUUACAGAUACGAAGAGACUGAUGGUCAUGAGUUUGUAUAUCUCGCAGCUCUAACAUGGUCAUAAAACCAUGUAAAAACUACCAUGUCCAUUUGCAGCAUAUUAAGUUAUGUACACAAUAUACGAAGUGGAUGGGGUUAAUUUAUAACUUUGGUGUUAAAUGCAAGGAGACGGCGUAUUGUGGUACAAGAUUUUUAGGGACGUUAUGCUUGUGAAAAGUUCUGUUUGACUGGCUUUCAAUGCUUACCCUUCUCUCCACUUCACCAUAACUUGGCUAGCACCCCACUGCUCUUAAGUGUCUCAAAGGUGAUUUCAAGGCGACUGAAGCAAGCUGCCUGUCCACCUUGUAAAAUAAUCAAGUCCAUCUACCUCCCUCAAUAGCAUGUCUCAUUGAGUCGUUAGAAAGACUUCCCAUACAUUGGACAUCUACUUUCCCACCAGAAAAAAAAAAAGCCUUUUCACAGGGAAGUUUGUAUUUGUGGUUGUCUGUUGUAUUCUUCCGUAGCGCCACAGGAAGAGUGAGACUCACCCGCCACCCCAACCUACCUUUACCCUGCAGUUUGUUUUUUCAGUGCCAAAUGUAGAAGGGGAUCAUGAUGCAAAUAUAUACUGUGUAUGUGUGUAAGCACGUGGUCCCGUCUACACGUAAUCCCAGCCCACCUGCUUCGGUUUGCCUGUUGUUGUGUGGGAGAUCAUCACUAAUAUGCAUAAUGUAGUCGUUUCCUCUAGACAAUCCUACAGCGUUCAGAGACUCUUCCUCGUGACCUGCUCAUUCAGAGUGCAGUGAACCCCCAGGAAAGUGUGGAUGUGUUUGUGUACAACCACGAGCAAAGCUACUCCUGAGCAGAUGUUAGAAAAGCAUAAGGGCUGUUUAUUAGAUUACACACUCACCAAACAGCUUAAGGUUUAGUUGGAAUAGCUCAAAUUGGGGAUGUUUAUUCAGGUUGUGUGGUUUUAUUUUAUUAAUACUAAUUAAACAUUUUAGAACAAAACUUUGAAAUCACACGAGUGGUGGUGGUCUUUUUUAAACCUUUUAUCUCCAUCCACUUUAGGUAAAGCAUAAAGUUGGGGAUAUUCUGUAUUUUCUUUUUAAUGUAGUCAACAAAUCAUAUAAAAAGACCAAGACCUACAAUUUGUUCUGUUAACAUUAACCUACCUUAAAACAGCUGGGCACUGUAGUUUUUAACAAUUGUUACUGUAACAGGAGCAAAUAGAGAUUUUGUUAGGGACUUUUGUCAGUUGUAGAUUUGGUUAUUUGAGUCCUUACGGCAGCAGGAGAGUGUAUUUUGGAUAGAAUACUUGUUAGGUUGUUUUGGGGUUUUUUUUAUGGGGUUUGUUGACAAUAACAAAAAUACAAAAUAUCACCAGACUUAUCUUUUUAAUCCUAUAAAUGACAAUAAUAGUAGUAAUAUGACAUGACAUUGAAAGUAAUGACUUGGUGAGGAUGAAUAUACAGGCAGAAGUUUUAUUUAUACUGCCUAUUUCUUUUGAUGUGAAUAGGAACUGUUUUACCACACACUUGUGAGCUGCAUCAAUGCUUUUCAGUCCUGGUCUUUGGGACCAUUUGUGCUGUUGUUUUCUGUCCUGCCAGAUAGUUCAACUUAAUCUGUAUCAGUCCCCAAUUAGCUGGUUAGAAUGAAACCCUGCAGGGCUCUGGGUCCCAAACAUCAGGAUUGGAUAACAUUGACUUACACCAUAAAUGUUUACAAAAUCUGUGUAUUUCAUGUGAAGCAGUGUAAAACAAUCUUAAAUGCAGGUUAAAGUCACCAGAUAACUGCACUAAAGCCAAUCGUGGCAUGUCAGGCCUUACAGAGAGGAGACAUGUCGAUGCUGCUUUUCGCCUAGAGUUCCAGACUUUGAGACGUUUGCCUGCCCAAACCAAGUGUGAAUUUUAAUUACAGACCGGUGGUGCCAAUGUGACGAGUCUUAUGCCCUCUACACUGCACACGCACACACACACACACACACGGACAUAUCACAUACCUGAUAUUCCUCAGUACCCCAUUUACUUGGACUAUACAACAGCUAAUGCAGUGAAACCACAGGGAAGCUAAUUGUGUGUUCAAACCUACUUGUGAACAAAUCAAACUGUUUAUGUAACACCAAAUUGCCGUCUGCAAACUGAUGAUAUUUGUUUAUUUGUUUAUUUUUUCUAAUGUGUGGUGUGGAAGUCAUUCUUAUUUUAGGAUUUUGGUCCUUUUCUUGUUGCGUGUGAAGAUUAUGGGUGGUGGUAUUUUCAGUCAAGAACUUUUCAGGAAAAUGACAUGAAGUAAAUAUUAAGUAAAUGACAAUGUAGACACUAUGGUCAAAAAUAAAAUACCUGCACAACAAAUUUCCUCAGUGAUGACCACUCACUUACCUCCAGUAAGGCAAUGUUAAUGACAAGUGGUAGUGAUUUUGCCUAAAACAUAUUGGCAUUACAUUUUUAAUGGCAGUGAUGUAAAACUUCAGUUUCUGACGCUCCUCUAUUAUUUUUCAUUUAACUUUGUAAGGCGGUUUUAGCAAAUAGUUGAUUAAACUUCACAGGGUGAAACCGCAUUUGCCAACCUAGAAAAAAUAAUUAUUCGCCAAGCAGAAGUUUUGGACUGGACUGAUUUCAUACCAAGAAGUAUAUUCUAUUCUGUCUUCAGGGCUUACAGUAGAUGGUUAAAUUAUUCAUAAACAACAAUCAAUGCUUGGAAGAAAAAAAAAAACCCGGAACAAAGUAUGGAGUGUAUUUGGAUUAAUUUUACAACUGUGCAGGCUCCCUUUGCUCACUGUUUUUAUUUUAUAUUUUACACAUUUUUCAGAGGGGACUCUGUAUCCGUCAAGGUGGUCAGGACUUCCUGUGCAAUAUGCUUUAUAACUGUAUCAAUAAUAAAUCUGAGACAAUUUGAGUUGGUAA